AUGUCUAAGACUGUCAAGACGGUUGACCUAUCCCACACGGCCGGCCUCUACUAUGGUCCAGCAACUAUCUCGAGCGGAAAAGUCCUACACAUCGCGGGUCAACCUGGUAACACCAAAGAUGGACAUGUACCCAAGGAUUAUGAGUCCCAGAUCCACCUCUCUCUCUUCAACCUGCGUAAGUUGAUUAUCGCAGCCGGUGCGGACAUCAAGGAUAUCGCAAAGCUCAACGUUUAUAUCGUCGAUUACGAUGUAAACAACCGCAAGCACGCUCGCCCUCUUCAAAGUUUCUUCGGAAAGCACCGACCAGCUCAGACUCUCGUCCCUGUCCCCAAACUCGCUGUUCCUGAGUGGUUGAUCGAAAUUGACGCAAUCGUUGCUCUCCCCGAACCUUCAAUUCCUCCUGUCCUCCCCGCUGCUUCAGAGAACGCUGAUGUCAUUGUCAUUGGUGCUGGUCUUGCUGGACUCACUGCUGCACUCGAUGUCAUUCAAUCGGGCCUCUCUUGCAUUAUCCUUGAGGCUCGUGAUCGCGUUGGUGGAAAGACAUGGAGUCAGCCAACGUCUGAUGGAAAGGGCUACAUUGAUGUGGGUGCUGGAUGGCUCAAUGAUACCAAUCAAAGCCGUGUCUGGGCGAUUGCAAAGCGGUACGGUGCCGAGGUUAUUGUACAAAACACACAAGGAAAGGCGGUGAUGGAGAACUGGGAAGGAAAUGUUUCUUCGUUCGAGUACGGCGAGGUACCAAACUUUGAUGAGGAAUCACAGAAGAAUGUUACAGAGAUUAGAGACAUGUGCGAGGCAGAGUGCCAGCAGCUGGAUGUUUGGCGCCCCAGCAACACAGAGCUUGACGCCAUGACAUUUGAGGCUUACCUCCUUUCUCGGGGAGCUAGUAAGGCUGCCAUCGGCACAGCAACUGUUUGGACUCGUGCUAUGCUUGGAGUGGAACCAUGUGAUAUCUCGGCUCUUUACUUCCUGAACUACUGCAAAUCUGGUGGUGGUCUCCUGACCAUGCGAUCAGACCGCAAGGAUGGUGGUCAGUAUCUGCGAGUCCGAGGAGGUACUCAGACCCUGUCAAAAGGUCUAGCCUCAUCGCUCCCUGAGGGAGUCCUUCGUCUUGAGAUCCCCGUUCAAUCUAUCGCUCAGGAGCAAAGCGGCUCGAUCAAGGUGCAAGCUGGCGGUGCCGUAUACUCUGCUACCAAGGUCAUUACAACUCUCCCUGGUCCAGCUCUCAAGAACAUAUCUUUCUAUCCUCCACUCACUCCCGUCAAGCGGGCUUGGACCGAAUCACUCUACUAUGGUUACUACACCAAGGCCAUGAUGGAGUUCAAGACUCCUUUUUGGGUUGAACGUGGAUUUUGUGGUCUGGCCAACUCCUUCAUUGGUCCUGCAGGUGUUAUCCGUGAUAGUUGCAUUCCUCAGGAUAACAAAUACGUCCUUACCUGCUUUAUGGGUGGUGAACCUGGUCGUACCUGGGCUGCGCUAUCCACUGCCGAGCGUGAGAAGACUCUUUUGAAACAGAUCGGUAAACUUUACGGCGUCAGUAAUGUCGAGGACCAGUUCCUGAAGAUGACUGCCUACGAGUGGGUUCAUGAUGAGUAUGCUGGUCUGGGUUGCCCUUGCACCACACUGCCGCCUGGAGUACUUGACACGCUUGGUGGUGAUGGCCUCCGUGCACCUGUCGGAAACUUGCACUUUGCUGGUACGGAGACAGCUGGAGAGUGGAAAGGAUAUAUGGAGGGAGCUGUUCGAAGCGGCUCUCGAGCUGCUGCUGAGGUUGUCAAGGAUCUCAAUGGGCCUAUUACCGCUCGACUCUGA